AUGAAGAAAAUCAUGGGAAUAUCGGACGCUGAUCCCUGUCCAACCAUAGCGGCACUGCGACCGGGCGGGGCCGCUCAGAAUUCUGAUCAGCUAACGCCUUGCGACAGAGUGCUGAGCGUUAAUGGCAUAUCAACAACGCGAAUGCGACCUGAUGAGGUCACCAGUAUCUUAGACAGCAUCGAGGGCAACACUGUAAUGGAAGUGGAGUACUCUUUGCCCAGUUAUGCGUCGCAAAAUUCACUUUGCGUAACAUCCCAAGUAACAGAAGUUACAAUUGAGCGAAUCGACGGCUCCUUGGGAAUAACCUUAAGGGGCGGAUACAUGCCGGAACAUCCGCACAUGAGUCGUCCCCUAAUUAUCACUCAUGUUCGGCCCAAUGGACCAGCACACAGGAGCGGCUUAAUCCGAGUGGGAGAUCGGCUGCUGAAAAUAGACAGAUACUCGUUAGUGAAUAAAACGCUGAUGGAAGCGCAGCAAAUCCUUCGAGACACUGGAGGAUGUAGCCCCCAUGGACUCUCCUUGUCAACUGUAACCAUUGAAUACGAUGUUAGCGUAAUGGAAUCCGUAAAAUACGCGAAUGGGCCGCUUCUAGUGGAAAUCGACAGGCAAGCCGAAGAAGAGUUCGGCCUGAUUCUGAGCAAUUGCAACCCGCUCUUAGAAUCAGAAGCUUCUCAAAACGACAUUAUGGCUGCAGGUUAUUAUGUGGAAAGAGUACUGGCUGCAAGCACUGCAGAUCGAUGUGGGGCAUUGUCCAUAGGGGAUCAAAUUCUGGCGAUCGACAACAUUUCUUUGGAGAGUUGGAGCGGCAGCUCCACUGAUGCAGAGCGGUUGCUUCGCAGAGCCACCAAGCUGCAAGUUCUUCCAUUCAGCGCCAUGCAUCGAGCGCAAAGCAGAAGCCAGUACGCAAUGAGCGGACAAUUUUCUGGAAGCAGCGCCAGCGUAGCAGGAUACAGCACCCUGAAUAGCAGAAAAUCUAGAUCGAGCAGGAUAAAUAGAACAAAUCGACAAAGCACCAUUAAUAAGUCCUUUGAUAGCGACUGUGGAAGUAACUAUUGUGGAUGUUCCGGAUCUGGAGGUGUCUCUCAUCCAGAAUCGCUAACAGUAACGUUAACUGCCGAUAGAGGAAUUGGAUAUGGAUUAACGGUGUCAGUAGGAGAUCAUACCGAAAAUCGCUCAGCUGAUAUUCUCAUCACCAGAAUCGCCCCAAAUUCGCCAGCUUACAGAUGUGGUUGCCUUCAAGUGGGCGAUCGAAUCGUCUCGGUGAACCACCAAACGAAUUUAACCCUCCAAGAAAUCACAUCAAUCCUGGAAAUGGGUGCUGAUGCCACUGGGGGUCGGACAGUCACUAUUUCUUCGGAAUUUGAUGUGGCGGACACAAUUGUGCCAUCCAGUGGCGUUUUCACUGUCCGAUUGGCCAAAAGGGGGCCAGGACUGGGAAUUACUAUCACAGCUUCAAAACAUCAACCAGACGAGCCGUUUCUGAUAUCGGAAAUCCGAAGAGGAUCGAUCGCCCAUCGAACUGGCACUUUGCAUGCUGGUGAUCGGUUGCUUGCUAUUGAUGGACGACCCAUCGAUCAUCUGAGCUUGGAGUCCGCUUUCGAUAUCCUCCAAACCUCAACCAAUGACAUAGUGACCCUGAAGGUGGAGAAAACCGAAACGGAGAACUCAAAUCUAUUCUUGGACAGCGUGGUUUACACUGUUGAGCUUCACAGAUACGGCGGCCCGUUGGGCAUUACGAUAUCAGGCAGCGAGGAUUCUGGAGAUCCCAUCAUCCUAUCCAGAUUAACUGAAGGAGGUUUGGCUGAAAAAACUGGGGCCCUUCAUGUGGGUGAUCGAAUUUUGGCAAUAAAUGGAGACAAUUUGGAUCAGCGGCCCCUUUCCGACGCCAUCCGGUUGCUGCAGACAUCAGGAGACAGAGUUCAAUUGAAAAUAGCGCGGCACAUAAAAAAUGAUUUGACUCUUUUAGAGGAGCCUAGAUGUAGCUAUUCAAGUCCAGGGCUUAUGAGUGUAGACAGCGCUAUACAUAGCUGGGAUAGCAGCAAUACGGGCGACACUCACAACGAACACACUUCGGAACUUAAGGACAUCGAAAGUGUGCUGAGCGAUCAGCUAUCCUAUCAGGAUCAGAUCCACGAGCAGGACAAGGAUCUAACGUUGACUAAAUCGAGAAAAAGGAAUUCUGAGCUGCAGUACUACUCAGAUACUGAGGAAAUGUUCUGUCCCAGUCCGUUGCCUUUGCCGAACUACAAUUUCGGCAACAGCAUGAUUCACUACAAUCACCAUGGGGGCACUAUUGAACGACUCACCGGAUCCUGCAGCACUGAGAAUAUUUUGGAAAGGGAAAUCUAUCACGUUACUUUAUAUAAGGAUUCCAUUUACGACGAUUAUGGUUUUAGUGUGAGCGACGGUCUUUAUGUAAAAGGUGUUUAUAUCAAUAGAAUAAGAAAAGGCGGUCCUGCUGAUAUCGUAGGCCUGUUGAAGCCCUAUGAUAGAAUCAUCCAGGUCUGCAUCAUCAUCUGCAUUUGC